GUUAAAUAUUUAUGAAAAUGAAAACUGGUCUUUCCAUUCUCAUUCUUUCAUUAUUGCUGAUUCAAAUGUUGGCGCAGAGGGUUUCAACAACUCAAAGAACAGCUCCAAUCAAUACCAGAGUUGGUUCUUAUGGAGGAAUUCAAACAAAACUAGGAGGAACUACAUCGACCAGUAGCAGGCCUACUUCUACAAGGACUACUAGUACAACAGGAACUUCCUCAACUUCAAGAACAAGUGCUACCUCCAGAAUAAUAGGAGCUUCAGGAGCUGUCUCAGGAGCUCAAAAACCAACUCAAAGAGGAUCAAUAGUUUCAACUGAGCCUAUUCGUGUUGGAGAAUCAAUUAUCACUAAUGCUCAAGAAAGGGUUGAGCCAGGACGUCUGAUGACUUCUACAAAUGGAGACAGAUUCUCUUCGACCAGUUCUCUACUAGAGUCAGAUCCACAUCGUCGUCAUGUAAACUCGACCAAUGAAAGAUUUGGGAAUAUUAUAGAAGAAUUUAAAGUCAUUGAAAGAAAAGAAUCUACCCCAGUCAUUGAAUGGACAGAAUCUACCCCAGUCAUUGGAGAUUAUAAGAAAAUAAAUUUUCCCAGGAAAACGACUAUGAAUAGCAAAUACACUGAUAACUCAGACAAUGUUUUUGGUGAAAUCGAUUAUGAUGUACUUGCAGCAGAGCUCUAUCCAGACAACGAAGACUUCAAUCCAUCAAUAAAAGAGAAAAUCUCUUACAGCAGUAGCACAAAUUCUACAUCCCCAAAAGGAACAGAGGAGUCUCAAGAAACGAGCGAAUAUUCGAAACCAAAAGAAGAUGUGUCUCCACCAAAGCCCUCUCCUGAGCAAAUCAAAAAGGCAAGAGAGAAAGCAAUCGCUGAGUAUAAACAAGAGUUAGAGAAAGCCAAGCUAGAGGCAGUCAGAGAAUACCAAACUGAGUUAGCAAGAAAGCAAGCAAUUGAAGAAUUUAAAAAACAGCUAGCCCAACAAGAAAUUAAGAAAGGGAAACAAGAGUUGGUUGAAAUUUGAAACAAACAGACAGAAUAG